AUGGACGCGGCUACAACCGCACCGCUGGAUGCGUGCGAGGCGGAGGAGCUGCGUGAUUUGGAAUUAGUCAAAGGCGCUCUGCCACUCGGCAAGGAUUCAAUAAACAUUCUGCCCGACGACGUGCUCUCCGUGAUUCUCGCACGCGCAUCUGGCGGCGAGACGUUGCACCACGCACUCGUCUGCCGCCGCUGGCUGCGCCUGGCGCAACUUUCGCAGCAGGCCGUCCACGUCAGCGCCCCGCGCCACCUCCACGCGGGUGAGCUGCUGCGCGGCUUGGCGCGCUUCCCCAACGUGAACUCGCUCACGCUAGGCGACAAGAGCGUCGACUUUUUCAACGACGCGUUCCUGCGCGCGCUGCCCUCCGCGUGCCCGCAGCUCUCCCGCCUGCGCCUGGACGAACCGCAGUACACCGGCGCGCCCCACUUCCGCAUCACGCUCACCUGCCUUGGUCGCUUCCUCCGCUGCGCGUCGCGCCUCGAGGAGCUCACGUUGAAGCACAGCCUCGGCCACAUCACGAAGCUUCCUUCCUCGCUCGCGUCGCUCUCUUCGCUGCGCGUGCUCAAGCUCUGUUUGAAGCUCCUCCGCGCUCUCCCCGACGAGCUCGGCGCGCUGCGCGCGCUGGAGGAGCUCUCCGUCGUCUGCCCCAAACUCACGAGCCUCCCCGCGUCCGUCGGGCAGCUCCCGCGGCUGUCCCGCCUCUGCCUGUCGAGCUGCCGCGAGAUGCGCCAGCUCCCCGCGCAGCUCGGCGCGCUGAGCGCGCUGACUUCGUUAGAAAUCCACGGGUGGUACCGCCUAGAGGGCAUUCCGGAGAGCAUCGGCGCGCUCAAGGAGCUGCGCCGCCUGCACCUGCGCAAUAUCACAUGCGCGCUGCCCCACGUGGGGGAGGAAUGGCGCAAGCUGGAGGAGCUGCGCCUCGAGGACGCCGUCGCUCACCGCCUUCCGCCCAUCUCCCUCGCAUCCCUCGCGCGCCUCGCCGUCCGCCAAUGCCGCCACCUCCGCGCGCUCCCCGACGAAAUCGGCGCGGCGCCCGCCCUCCGCGAGAUUGAGAUUGUCGACGCGCCGCUCACCGCGCUGCCCGCGACGAUCGGGAUGCUGACGUCACUGGAGCGGCUCGUGCUGGCGCCGUACGGGUCGAUUAGCGCGCUGCCGCGCGAGCUGCUGGCGCUGCCGCGACUGGCGCACUUGGUGCUGAAGAACGUGUCGAGCCUUGAUUCGCUGAUGGGGGAUUGGGCGGAGGCGGAGGCGGAGGCGGCUGCACAUGGCGCACCGCGCGCCGCUCGGCCGGCUGCGCCGCCUGCCGACCGCGCUGUGGGCGCUGCCGGCGCUGACGCACCUCGGGCUGCACGGCUUCACGCAGCUCGUCGCGCUCCCCGCGCGCGUCGCGCGCCUCACGUCGCUGCAGUCGCUCACGCUCCAAUCCUGCUCGCGCAUCACCCACCUCCCCCCGCGCUCGCCGCGCUCGCGCCGUCCCUGCGCGCGCUCACGCUAUCAGACCUCUCCGCGCUCUACUCCUUCCCCCCCGUCGUCUGCCGCCUCACCGCGCUCACGUCGCUCUCGCUCGUCCGCUUGAUGCACGUCGAGCGCCUUCCCCCCGCGCUCUCCGCGCUCUCCGCGCUCCGCGCGCUCAAAGUCUCUUUCGCGUCCGAACUCUCGUCGGUUCCGCAAUCGCUGGGCCAGCUGGUGGAGCUCGAGUCGCUCGAGUUGGAGGAGUGUCCCGCGCUGCGGAGCCUGCCCACGUCGCUCGGCCGCCUGACGGCGCUGCAGACGCUGGCGGUCCUGCGGUGCGGCGCGCUCACCGCCAUUCCUGCUGGCAUAAGCGGGCUUAGCGCGCUGACGCGGCUUACCCUGACCUCGUGCGGCGCGCUCACCGCUCUGCCGAAUUCCAUCGGCCAGCUGGGCGCGUUAAAGGAGCUGACUAUAACGAACGUCCCAAUCGCUUCGCUCCCGGACACUCUCAGCGGGCUGACGUGUCUGGAGCAGCUGCGCGUUUCGGACUGCCGCUCCCUUGCCGCGUUCCCCGCGUCCCUCUGCACCCUCCCGCGCCUCCACACGCUCUCCCUCGCCGACUGCCCCGCGCUGCACGCCCUCCCGGACGACAUUGGCCAGCUGCGCGCGCUCAAGCGCCUUGCCCUCGAGCGCUGCUCCGCGCUCGCGCGCCUCCCCGCUUCCCUCGCGCACCUCCCCGCGCUCGAAUCGCUCGACGUCACCAGCUGCGAUCUCCUCGCGGACCUCCCCGACGACUUCGCGCCGCUGCCGCGCCUCGCGCGCCUCGCGAUCAACCACUGCCGCGCCUUCGCGCGCCUCCCCGCGUCGCUCCCCCGCUUGCCCGCGCUCCGCGUCCUCUCGCUCUCGUACUGCCCGUCGCUCGCCGCACUCCCCCCCAAUCUCGGGUCCCUCCGCGCGCUGCACUCUCUGCACCUGCGCGAGUGCUCCGCGCUGGCGGAGCUGCCCGCGGGGCUUGCGCGCGCGGAGGGGCUGCGCCAUUUAGACGUGUGGGGGUGCGCGGCGGUGGGGGACGACGCGGAGGUGCGCGUGUGCGGGCGCAGCGUGCACGUGGUGCGGGGGAGGCGCGGAGGGGGCGAGUACGGCGGAACGGAAGCAGGCGGUGGAGGGGCAGAAGGAGGAGAGGCGGCUGGGGGGGGUGACAGUGGGGCAGACAGAGGCAGUGUGGAGGCCGGAGGUCUGGGGGGAGCAGCAGCAGGGGAGAACGCAGAGGGGGGAAGGGGAGGGGAAGGGGAAGAGGCAGGGGAAGGCGGGAUGGAGGCAGAGGGAGGGAGGGCAGGUGGGGAGGAAGGCUUGGGGUCAGGGGGGCAGACACAGGGGGAGGGGGAGCAGGAGGAGGAUAGCGUGGGAGCAGCAGAGGAUGAGACGCAGCAGAUGGGAGUGGGGGAGGGUGAGGAAAGUGGAGAGGGGAGAGUAGAAGUGGUGGGAGACGGGAGAGGAGAGGGGGGGGUGACACUAGAGGGCAGAGACGAGGGAGGGGAGGGUGAUGUGCACAUGGAUGGGGUUGAGGGUGGGGAGGGGGUGGAGUUGAAGGUUUGGGGAGAGGGGGAGGUUGGGGCAGAGGAGGGCGAGCAGCAAGGGGUGGAGGAGGGAGGAGAUGGGGAGGGGCACAUGGGCUUGGUUGACUGCGGUGCAGCAGCAAGGGGUGGUGAUGGCAUCAGGUUGGGGAGCAGAAGCAAUGGCCGAGACGGGGGCACAGGGACGGGCAGAGGGAAGGGCACAGAUGGGGUGGCAGGGGGAAGGGAGGGUGGGCGGAAGGGCAGGAAAGGUGUGGGCAAGCGAGGGCGGGAGGGGGAGGUGGGGAGGAUGGAGGGGAGGAAGCGGAGGAGAAAGGAGGCACGGGCCAAGGCAUGGCGGUGCAAGCGCGCUGCCAACUGCUGCUGA